GAGGGGGUGGAGCCGGGAUACGAGCCAGAGAGAGGGUCGCGUGAGGCGGCGGUUCGUGAUGGCUGACGAGAUCAGCAAAGCGCAAGUGGCGCAGCCGGGAGGGGACACCAUCUUCGGGAAGAUCAUCCGCAAAGAGAUCCCGGCGAAGAUCAUCUUCGAGGACGAGAAGUGCCUUGCAUUCCACGAUGUUUCCCCACAAGCUCCAACCCAUUUCCUAGUAGUUCCCAAGAAGCCUAUUGCUCAAGUAUCUCAAGCACAAGAUUCUGAUGAAGCUCUUCUCGGACACAUAAUGAUUGUGGGCAAGAAAUGUGCUGCUGAAUUAGGCUUGACGAGGGGAUACCGAAUGGUGGUGAACGAAGGGCCGGAUGGCGGCCAGUCUGUCUACCAUCUGCAUCUCCAUGUCCUUGGUGGUCGUCAGAUGGGUUGGCCUCCAGGUUAAGAAGGUGGGAAGAAAGAAUGUUGCCUCCCCAACUAUCUCUUGAACACCCUGAAUAAAUAUUUUCAAAAUCCAACUAUGAUCAAUACCUUCAGCCACUUAACCUUUCCUGUGGAGUACAGUAGAAGUUUGCGCAAUCAUUGUUCAAUAAAGUUAUAAGCAUGUCGGCUCA